AGGUUUGCCUCAUAAAUCUCAUCACUAAAAGCACUUUGAAAGUGACAUGGAAGUUGCAAUUGACACUGUUGUUAAACUUGAAAAGUGUGAUGUUUCUGAAUGUCAAAACACUUCGAGCAUUGGUGUUAAACUUGAAAAGUGUGAUGUUUCUGAAAGUCAAAGCACUUCAAGUGUUGCUGAAAACGUUGAUGUUAAAAAAGAGCCUGAUCUUUAUUCAUAUACAAAGCUAAAUGAUUUCACUUCUGAAAUUUACAAGAUCGAAAUAACUAAUCUUCCUAAAUAUGUUGGCUAUGGUCAACUUCGAAAGUUACUAAAUUCCACUUUGAGGGUGAACCCACGCAAAAUAAAAGCUAUUGGUAAUCCUCCACAUUUUGCUUUUGUCACAUUUAAGUAAGGCUUUAGGUACUAUUAUAUAUUUUAUUUGCUCAGUUAUUUCCUUCUAUUAAAAAUAGUU